CGGCGGCAGGGCGGGCGGCGAUGGAGGCGAUGGAGGCGGGCGGGUGCCGUAUGGGCGGCGCGGGGCCGGCCGCCGGGGCCAUCACCCUGGAGGACCUGGCGGGGCUGGCGGAGGAGAGCCCGGACUCCGCGUACCACAGCAACGGCAGCAGCCUGGAGGAGGACGCCGAGCGCAUGGAGGACGAGGAGCAGGAGCGGCUGCUCACCUACUGGCAGAGCGUGGGACGGGGGCACCAGGUGGACGUGCCCCGCGACAUGGCCGAGCCGAUCCAGCAGCUGACGAGGAACAACAGCCCCCAGGAGCGCCAGACCAUCCCGUUUACGCUCAUCCAGCGCAAGGAAAAGCUUGGAGACCUGCUUUAUGAAAAACGUCAGUACGGGAAAGCCAAAUGGGCGUGCAUAAAAAUGAAAGAGAAGCAGUACGAGCAGAGCAUAUGCCUUGGGUUCAUGAAGCUCAUGAGGUACAUUUGUGAGCAGAAUUCCUCAGGCCUGUAUUUGGGGAUAACAAUUCCCAUUGUGACCAUCGUCCACACCAAUGAAUCUCAGUCAGAGAUGACCCAGUCGGUGACGGUAGCGUACUAUCUGCCCGAAGUGCUGCAGGACGAGCCACCUCACCCUUUCGACUCCGACAUAAUCAUUGAAGAAUGGCCCUCUACUAUUGUUUAUAGCAGGAGCUUCAGAGGAAUCACCAAUGAAGACUCCAUAAUGCGAGAAAUAAACCUGCUGGCGGAAAUUCUGGAGAGUCCUGAGCUGUGUUUGCAGGACACAUUCAUCAUUGCGGGAUACACAAACCCAGCUGCUGCCAACCGACACAAUGAGAUAUGGUUCCUGCAGCGGCCGUAGCCUCCCCGGCUGUCAGCUAAAGAUCCAGUGCUGACCGACUGGCAGGCUCCCACAGGUGACUCGCGCCAGACUAGCUGUCAGACCCUCAACCAUGGCUUUGAGCCUGCUUAGCCAGGCAACCGCUCCGACCCAACGCUCACACAGAGGUAACGCCUGAAACACCGUCCCCUAUGUCAGCUUUCGCAGCUUGUACACAACUUGUAUGGAGAUUUUUAGCACUUUAAAAGUUAGUUUACCUUAUCUGUUUUGUACACUAAAAGGGAGAUCAAGACCUCUCUCCUUGUCCAUCUAUCAGUGUCUCCAGGCUGCCUGUGGCCUGGGAUGGCCCGAGAGGAGCCCCUGUGCCCCUGCCAACUCUGGACACUGAGAGCUGCGCACCCAAAGCCCUGCUGGAGUUUGCAGCGGGACACACAUUCAAACCACCUCACACGUGCAGGCUGGGCUGCAGAAAAAUAAUCUUCAGGUUUUAAUUCCUAAGAGAACCACCAGAUUUAGACCACUGGGGUUAAACCAAGGAGUAAGAGUAGGCUAACACUGACUGCUUUAAAUGUCAUCUGUGCAGCAUAGAUCUUUAAUGCUUACCUCAAAAAGCACCCAACCAAAGUACUUCUAACCUUGAGAAGAGACCAAGGGGGCAGAGCAGCCCUAAGGCUCAUUAGAAUUUCGAUAGCGGGAGUUACGGGUUUCCCCCAUCCCACAGUCAGAGCAGUCUCAGUACUAUUUCAGGCAUUCCUCAACAGAAAGCAGUUAUCCCUAACUCUUCAGCUUUCUGAAUACUUUCUUCUUACAAUACUGCUGAAUGCUCAAACACUGCAGCUGAAGUCAGUCACGCCUUCAGUAAUUUUUACACUCUCCUGGCAGUACCACACGAUUGAUGUUACCAAUAGUGCAAACAUUUCACUGACUGACAGAAAAACUGCCUGUUAGAAGUGACUGUGCAGCCAGCUGGACCAGCCCUCUGCCGAAAGCUCUCAUUGCUGGCACAGCAGGCUGCUUGAGGCCUCCCACAGCUGGGUGUUGAGCACCUCCAGGGUUGAGGAACCCGUAACCCCUCAGGGCCCUGCUCCAGUAUUCGACCACCCUCACUGUGAGAAUCUUCCUUCCCAAUAUCUAAUUUUCCCUGCUGCACUUUAUUUCUUUCACCCCUCAUCUAUACAAUAAUUCCCAAGCCAACAAUGCUAGUCCAGCUCGCUGGGACCAAAAGAGCAGCUCAGAGUUCUGCAUGCAGCAGGAGGUCUGAAAGCAGCACCCAUGCUUUGCUGUUCACUACAGUUAAAGAGCACCGACUGCACUUUAGAAUCAGGGCAGCAAACAGGUUUGCUCUCAAAAAAUCCCUUCUUAAUGUCUCCCCUGACAGAUAUGAUGGUAGAGUUUAAUCUUAAUACUUAAGUAAAUGUCUUUUUAUAUAAAAUGUCGUGAAGUACAUCACCAGCGUUAUUUAUUGAUGGUAUGGUUUAGUGUCUGCUAGUUUACAGUAGCGUUAGGGGCAAACAAAAUGGAUUUGUGUAGCACUUCCUAGUGAACAUACAGGUCUAAGAACGUUAACCCUCCCGGUUCCACAGGGCUCUCAGCUGCACAGAACUGGCUUCCUGCUCAACCUGAAACCUCUGGGUGAGCAGCAGAAGCACAGAGCACCAGCUGGCCCUAGCUGGCCACGCUUAAGCAGGACUGAGGUGCUCUCUGGUGGCUGCUGCCCACGGGGAUUCCUUGGGGAGGCAGCAAGAAGAAAGGAAAAAACAGAGAGAGAGAAAAGCUUGAGUUUUAAGGCAAACAAAAUGAUAGUCUUUGUGGGGAGGAAUACAAAACAACAAAAAAAGCAAUCCUCACUUUCUUCUGCAUGUCCGAUAUCCCUAGCCGUUCAGAUAUCACGCACUGGUCCAACACUGGUCCACACAGCCAUUCCCAUUGCCAUGAAUUAAUGGGAUGUUAAACUGUGUGGGAAUCUCAGAAAAGCCUAGAGGUUUGGGAUCUUUGUUACUCCAGCCAGAAAGCUCUCAGGUCUGGUGGUGCCAGGUGACAGCACAAACACUUUGCCCGCUGGACAGCCAGGAACCACUUUGCCUGAUGCACCCUUUAACUGCACAUCAAAUUGUUUCUUACUUAACAGAGUGAGACAGUGAAGGUACCUGUCACAUCUUGUAUUCCUCUCAGUUUUUUUAAGACACAGGACCACAGCCAGGGGAAAAAAAUAAAAAUCAGACUUCCUUUUCGACGUGUUGAAUCGUUUCCUGUUUGAUUUGUAUUUAUAUUGCUUGUUAUUUAUGUUUAAUGUUUCCUCAGAGUGUCAGAAAGGCCAGUCAGCAUUAUACUGAGAGCUAACAGAUUAAUGGCAAACAAUAAAAGAUUUUUAAACCUGAGCUGAGCAGAUGGCCUAGGUGUUAAAGAACAGGUUUUGGCUUGCCCUCACCACCAUCCCAAGAUUUCUAUAAGAGCAAACAGAAACUAUUUACACCUUUGACAUGGUUAUAUGGCAAAUUAAAGAAGUUUCUGCAAUUUGAUUGCUUUUGCAAGUUACAGAAGCUACUGUAAUGCUUUGGCACAACAACCGUCAAGUAGCUGUUGGAAGCAGUUAUAUCUUCUCCCCAGAAAGCAGCAGGCUGUACAUACUCCACCUUACAAGCAUCUGCUGCAGAAAGUGUUUGCUCUAUCCGAUGUCUCUUCCUGUAGGCAAACAUCACCCAAAUAUCUCUGUGACCCAGCUACUCGUGGGUGUGUUAUAGAAACCAUAAACCUGAGGCGUUAUCUGAAUGUGCCGAUAUCCCAGAUGCAGCAAAGCCUUACGUGUUGUUCUGUGUACUAUUCCAAGAUAGUACUUACUGACUCACACUAGAUGGUUUCUGCUGCUGAGAAAGAACUAGUUAUCUCAUGUUUGAAGAUACCCUUUAAGGCUAUGGAAUGCUGCACCCCAUCCUAUUAAGUGGCCCUCCCAGGCACAGCGUGAGGAAUUGCAGGUUUCCCUGACCCACAGCAACGUUUGCUCCCUAGUUACCCCAAGGAGCACCAAAGAAAUGUUACUAUUGCUGAAAUCCACUGCGUGAGAGGGUUUGAACGCAUUCUCCUAAGCUUCAUUCCCCAACCCCUGUGACCAGAACAGGCAUUUCAUUAUCCAACUGUGGCUCCAUUUUGUAAGCCGUUAAUUAAUGGAUUUUUUAUUUGAAGUUAUUUGAUUUCCACUAUCCAAAGGAGACAAUAAAACAGAACCCACUCAUAUUUUUGGAAGAUUAAAUGCUGUAGCCUUAACAGAUCAAUGUUGCCCUGCAGACUGUGUAUUUUUUGAGCAAGCUUUAGUGCCUAAGAAGUUUAUUCUGGCUAUUGUGAUACUCAGGGCCUUGCUAUUGUGUGUGUAAAAAUAUAAACAUUGUUAUUCCGGCAUUGCUGCAUUGCGCUGUUUUACAUUGCCCUUCCUUUUCACUGAAAUGUCAUCUCAUUUACUGUUACUGUUUGUCAAAAUUAAAGAUAAUGAGCAGAGC